AAUGAAACACUUUGUCGUGUUAGCCUUGAUUGCAUGCAUCUAUGCAACAUCUAUAACUGAGAUGACUGACAAACUCGCCCAAUAUAGUGAUCAUCCGUUUGGAAAGUCAAUGGUCAAUUUGGUUUCUGUCAACAUGAAGACUGGUGGAUCACUCAAUGAAUUAAAACAACUCUUGUAAUAAAUUAAGGAUGAACUUAUUGCUCUUACUUAAUUACAAGAUUAAGAAAAUGCUACUUUCACUCGUAGAAGCCAAGUUGAUUUGGCUAAAUUACAAGCUACUUUAGAAUAAGCAUAAGCUGAUUUGGACAAUUAAAGAUAAGAACAAUCAAGUCUUAGUAAUGAAUUGGCUACUCUUUAAACCAGAGUCAAGGAAGGUAAUCUCUUUCCUUUAUAAUUAAUUUGCAGAUCAAGCAGCUUUAGACAGAAAUGGUAGAGGAAGUGGAGAUGCUCAAUCUAGAUUGGAUGCAGAAAACACUGAUUUUUCAGCUAAAUAUUAAGAUUACAAUGAUGCCAUUUUAGCUUGUAAGGAAGCUUAAAGAUUGCUUAUGAACUUAAGAGGAGAAGGAGCAUCUUUAAUUUAACUUACGUAAAUAUUAUUUAAAAUAAUCUAUUUUAGUUAAGAUACCAAAAGCAAUCUUCUUUAAACCAAAGAGAAUUUCUAGAAAAUCAAGGAAAUUUUAGAGGCUCAUACUAAAAAGAGCUCACUUACUUUGUUCUAACCAAUUAUCGAAGGAUUAGCUGAAAUGACAACUAAGGUUAAUCCAGAAACACUCAAUAAUGUUUUGAGUUUGGUGGCCCGUUUAAUUACUGCCUUAUAAGAGGGACAAGAUUAAUUAGAAACCAAUCAUAAGACUUAAGUAAAUAGAAUUUAUUUUAUUUUAGGUCGAAAACUUGACUAGAUUAGGUGAUGACUUGAGAAAUGAGAAACAAACAUUAUAAGUUUCAUUAGCUACAGCCAAUAAUAGACUUAAAGAAAUAUAAUCUAGAUUGAAUGAAUUAGAUGGUUUGAUUAAUAUUUCAAAUGCUUUGGUUGAAGUUACUCAAUUAAACAUUUAAGAUGCUACAAAAAUAAAUGAAUUGGAGGAUUCAGAAUAUAGCAAUUAAAAAGUUAGUAGGUAAUAGUAUAUUAUAAUUAUUAAGAUAAACUGAAAUUGAUAUAGUUGAUAGACUAAUCGAAUAUAUUAAUCAAAAAUUAUCUGAAUGAGUU